CUUUGAAGUAGCCUCGCUCACACCUCGCCGUUUGCUGAAUCCUGCUGGCUGAAAACAGACGGACAAAAUGAAUCACAGCUCAACUGAAGCAGAGGCUGAGACCACUGAACCGCUGCGCUAUCUCAGCAAAGUGGAGGCAGCAGCUAUCGAGACUGAACUACUGAAGGACUACAGGUUUGGACAGCAGCAACUGGUAGAGAUUUGGGGGCAUGCCUGCGCCAUCGCCAUCACUAAGGCCUAUCCGCUGAGCUCCAUGGGGAAGAAGCAGCCAACAGUGUUGGUAGUUUGUGGUCCAGAUCAGAAUGGCUCUAUUGGCUUAGUGUGUGCCCGACACCUGCGUAUAUUUGAAUAUGAACCCACCAUCUAUUACCCUAAGCGCUCUUCUCACAGUCUCCACCAGGACUUCACAGUUCAGUGUGAGAAGAUGGAUAUCCCAUUCCUCUCCUAUCUCCCCACAGAGGUUCAGUUGAUCAAUGAUGCCUACAACCUAGUGAUUGAUGCUAUCCUGGGCCCAGAAACAGACCCAGUCAGCAUUAAGGAGCCUUAUUCUGGUAUCCUGGUCACCCUCAAGCAGGUCAAAAUCCCCAUAGCUAGUGUGGAUGUACCCUCAGGUUGGGAUGUAGAAGAGGCCAGUCAGGAUGGGAUAAACCCGGAGGUCCUCAUUUCGCUGACAGCGCCUAAAAAAUGCGCCAUCAGGUUCCCGGGGAAGCAUUUUUUGGCUGGACGCUUCCUGCCCUACGACAUCCAGAAGAAAUACGACCUGAACCUUCCGGAGUACCCAGGCACAGACUGUCUUAUAGAACUGUAACCCAUGCAAACCACAUGACCAGAUCUGACCCCUCUUCAAUUUGAAUAAAUACGGUUUAUCUAUUUCAAUGUUUUUGUACUUUAUAGGUUGUUACUGUGAUUAUCUUCAAUGUGCUAGCUCUCAGUUGUGUGGAGAAGGUUUCACCCAUACUUGCGUCAUUAACUACAAUAGAAGGAUUAUAUCUAGAAUCCGUGUACUGAGUCUUUUUUGGGGAAUGGUUUGAGGCGUGUUUGUGUAAGUCUCCUUCCAAGACUCAGCGCUAUGCUAUUUUGUCAUUUGCAAACGAAAUGAAUGUUGUUUGAAAGAGAUAUAUGGAAUGGACCAUUUAAACUCUUAAUUUUCUUUUCUUUAAGGACACAUUCUCAUAUUUUUCAUAUCCCAAUGUCUUAUCUCCUAUUACGGUGUGCUCCUGAGGUGAAUUGAAGUUGGUAGCUCAUUAUCAAUUUGCUGAUUAUGUCUCUUUAUUCAAACCAACAUCUACUGCAUUUCUUUUAUCUCUGUCAGUACACUACAGUAGCUGAUACAGAAUGGCCAGAGGUUUCUCUUGGUCCAAUAAAAAAGUCC